GGCAGGUGCCACCAUGGCGGCCCCGGGGACAGCGGACGGCGCCGGCGGCUCCGGCGAUUCCGCGGGACCCGCGACGGUGUCACGACGGGUGAAAUACGCCAGCCUGGGCGUGCUGGUGCUGCAGAACGCGUCCCUCGUGCUCAGCAUCCGCUACGUGCGGACCCUGCCCGGGGAGCGCUUCCUGCCCACCACGGCCGUGGUGAUGGCCGAGGCCAUGAAGGGCAGCGCCUGCCUGCUGCUCCUGCUUAUCCAGCACCGGGGCAGUGUCCGGCAGACGGCGGUGACGUUGCACGAGGCCGUGGUGGGACAGUUUGGGGACACGCUGCGCCUGGCUGUCCCCUCCCUCAUCUACACCCUGCAGAACAAUCUGCAGUACGUGGCCAUCUCCAACCUGCCCGCGGCCACCUUCCAGGUGACGUACCAGCUGAAGAUCCUGACCACAGCGCUGUUCUCGGUGCUGCUGCUGGGCACGGCGCUGUCGCGGCUGCAGUGGCUGUCGCUGGCGCUGCUGUUUGCGGGGGUGGCGCUGGUGCAGGCGGAGCAGGCACGGGCCGUGCCCUCGGCCGCGGCGCUGUCCCCGUCCCCAGGGCCCGAGGGGCCAGCUCAGAGCUACGCCGUGGGGCUGGCGGCCGUGGCCGCGUCCUGCCUGUCCUCGGGCUUCGCCGGCGUCUACUUCGAGCGGCUGCUGAAGCGCUCGGGCGGCUCCAUCUGGGUGCGGAACGUGCAGCUGGGCGCCGUGGGCACGGCCGUGGGGCUGGGCGCGAUGCUGGCUGCCGAGGGCCCGGCGGUGGCCGCGCUCGGCUUCUUCUACGGCUACAACGGCGCCGUGUGGGCCGUGGUGGUGAACCAGGCGGCCGGGGGGCUGCUGGUGGCCGUGGUGGUUCGCUACGCCGACAACAUCCUCAAGGGCUUCGCCACGGCGCUGUCCAUCCUGGCCUCCACGGCCGCCUCCGCGCACCUGUUCGGCUUCCGGCCGCGCGCGCCCUUCCUGGCCGGCACCGCCAUGGUCCUGGCCGCCGUCGUGCUCUACGGGCGGCCCCGCGGCUCCGGCGGCCGCAGCCAGGACAGCGGCAAGUCUCCCAACAAGGACAAGGGCACCUGAUGGCACCGAGCAACCCCCUGAGCCCUAUGGGGCCUGUCUGGGGCCCUCCAGGGCCCUAAAGAAUCCCUAUGGACCCUUCCCUUGCCCCCUGCAGGCUUUAUAGGGGCUGUGUACACCCCCCCGGGGUUCUGUCGGGACCGUAUGGACACUCCUGGUCCCUAUAGCAGCUAUAUGGCCGCUCCCCACCUCCCGGGGGCUAUAGGGACCAAUUGCACCCCCAGGUCUCUAUAGGCCCAUAUGGAAGCCCCCCCUACCCCCAAUCCCUAUAGGGAACUUGGCGACACUCCUGGUCCCUAUAGCAGCCAUAUGGACACUCCCCCACCCCCCCUUCCCCCGGGAGCUAUAGGGACGGCUCGCAUCCCCAGGUCCCUAUAGGGCCCAUAUGACCCC